GUGAGCGAUUCCGAUAGGCAGACACUCCUCACGUGGAAUUCGGGCUCCUCUGUCGACUGUGAGACGAGCCUGGUACAUUUGAUCAAAUGGCAGGCGACGACUCGGCCGAACGCUCAAGCCGUGAGCGCUCACGAUGGCCGUCUCUUGUAUGCGGAACUCUACUUUCACGCAGAACGUCUCGCGGCGCAGCUGAUGGCUGUCGGGGUGAAGCCACGAGACUAUGUGCCCAUAUUACUCGAGAAAACUGUUUGGGCACCGGUGGCUAUGCUGGCGGUACUGGUGGCUGGAGCAGCGUUCGUUCCGCUGAGUCCGCAGUACCCGACGCAGCGCCUCGAGCUGAUCUGCAAUCAAGUCAAUGCUACCGUGGCGAUCAGUUCCAGCAACCUCAAGCAUGCCCUUCAAACCUCAGUGUCGCAAACGGUCAUCUACGCCCCCUGCCACGCCCCUGGUGUCGCCCUCAGACAGGAGUCGCAACCGUCAUUGACUUCUGCUGACGACGUGGCGUAUGUGCUUUUCACUUCCGGUAGUACAGGUCAGCCCAAAGGGGCCAUGACGGAUCAUCGAGCCAUCAUAGCUACUGCUCGGGGAUUCAUCGCGAAGACGAAGAUGGGAACAUACAGCCGCAUGCUCCAGUUCGGUAAUUUCAUCUUUGGUGCAGCAAUGAUAGAGACCUGGACGACAUUCGUUGCAGGAGGAUGUUUGUGCAUUCCAUCCGAACAGACACAGUUGACGCACUUGGACAUGUUCAUCGCCGAGCAUGGCGUUGACACUGCUUUUAUGACGCCCUCCUUUGCUCGACUCCAAAGUCCAAAUUCGCUGCCUGGUCUGCAAACACUAACUACCGGAGGCGAAGCGGUGACGCCGGAUUUGCUGGAGCGCUGGGCGCCGUACGUCAAAUUCUACACCGUGUAUGGCUCAGCGGAACAGGCGCACAUCAUCGCUAUGGAUGGCCCGAUGAGAGGAGACCACAACGGUGCCAGCAUCGGCAGGCUAUUCGAGGGCAGCUCCGCGUGGGUCGUCAAGCCCGAUAACCCGGAUCAGCUCGUGCCGCUGGGUUGCUUGGGGGAGUUGAUCACGGAGGGUCCUCAAACAGCCCAGGGCUAUGUGAAAGACACGAAGCGAACAGAGGAAGCUUUCCGUCAGCAGUAUGCAUGGAGAGCCAAGUAUCCCGUCCAGGCACACGGCGCUUCCAGGUUCUAUCGCACCGGCGACUUCGUCAGGUACACCUUGAAUGGAUGCUAUGAGUUCGUGUCCCGGAGAGAGGGCUAUGUUAAGUUGCAUGGCCAGCGGCUCGAAUUGGGCGAGGUCGAGUACCUAGCACGCCAGAUUUUGCCUGCGACUUGUGCCAUGUGCGUCGAAGUAGUCACGCCAAAGGGCGAGACGGCAGAUCAGUUGGUGCUGAUGAUGUUCGUGGGCGUGGGACAUGCGUACAUGGACGGGCCCGAGGAUUCCAAGUCAUUGCCGAGCGAGAACACGCUACAGCGCACGGCAGCAUUGUUCCGGGAUGUGCGUGCUCAUCUUACACGUACACUUCCCGCGUACAUGGUGCCCGAGUAUUACUUUCCCAUGUACGCUCUGCCCAUGACGAUUUCGGGGAAGACGGCGAGAAAGCAGCUCCAAGAGUUGGGCGGCACGCUUGAUCGGCACCAGCUUCAGACGCUUUCCAUGGCCAGCACGGGCAAGAUGCCCGUGCAGACUUCAACUGAGAGAUAUCUACAGCAGCUGUGGUCGCGCCUGCUCGUGCUUCCCGAAGCAACCAUCCACGCCGAUGAUACCUUUUUCGGUCUCGGAGGGAACUCGCUCAAGGCGGUAGAACUGCUCCAAGCUCUGCGACACGACGGGAUGGACAUCUCGAUGCGCGAUAUUUUGGUCGAGCCACGCCUUUCUUACAUGGCG